UCCCUUUAACCAUUGUACACCUACUCAACCAGAAAGAAUACGUUACUGAAAUCCCUCAAUCAACGUCAGGGUAUCAUAAAUUUCGAGAUGCCAUGUCCCUCAAGAUAACGAUCACAUCAAAGCACACACUUCACCUCAUCAACCGUUACACUCAUAUUGAAGUGUACUUUACUGGUCCUACCCAGCACUGUCCAUUAGUAUGUAAGCUACUCACAACAGCUAUUGAUAAUAGCAGUGAUGCCAUGCACCUCAAGCAUAAUUACGUCAAUGCAUUUGCUUGCCCUUCAAAGAGGAGUAGCUGCUACUGUAUUGUUAGACCCAGGGAAGAUGGUAAUAUUGUCAAUUGUACAGUUUGUCCAGUGUCAGCUACUAUCAGUAGUGAUCAUUGGUACUGGUUUGAAUCAGGACCUGAUGAGGGUAACAAUGGAACACAAAACCUGUUAGACAAGAGGCCUCUAAAGAGUGACCUCCUUAGGUUAUUCAAAGAUUCUGCAGUUCACAGUAAAAUUAUUGGUACUGCACUUGAUGUUAAAGUAGACGAUCUGGUAGCUCUUCCUCAGUAUACCUCUGAUAACCUUAUUCUUGUGUUCCAGAGAUGGAUAGAUUCAGAUAAAGAUGUGACCUGGAGGAAAGCACUUCAAGUUUGUAAAGAUUAUCCGGAUGAACUUGGAAGAGCAAAAUCUGAUGUGGAAAAAUUCCUGUCAUCUAGUUUCCAUCCUGCUAAAUCUUCUUCCUUAACUCAUCUCAAAGUUGCUCCUAAAAGCUUUGCACUAAUUUUCAUUGCUUCUUUGAUAUUAUUAUUAUGUGCAAUUGUAAUAUCUUUUUUUAUUAGAAUUGAUUGAGCUUUAAUAUUACUUAAAUUUGAUUUUUAUGAUCAGCACUUUUAUUGGUGGUGCUAUUUUUGGA